AUGGAUUAAUAGAGAUUGAAUUUAAGAAGAAAUAUUCAAUUUAUUUUGAAAUAAAAAUAUAAAUAUAAAUUAAUAUUUUAAAGAAAGAAUAAAAAAAGAAAUAUGAGCAGAGAACAUUCAAGAGACAGAGACAGUAAAAGCCAAAAGAAAUUAUUCUUGGGUAACCUCUCUAGAGAUGUUGAAGAAAGAGAUGUUAAAGAUCUUUUCGAAAAGCAUGGUAAAAUCAGUGAAAUCAAGAUUAAAAAGAAAGGUCCUAACUGUUAUGGAUUUAUCGAAUUCGAAGAUUCCCGUGAUGCUAAGGAUGCUCUCAAGGAAAAUGGUAAUUCAUUGAAGGGUAAAGAACUCAGAUUAGAAUUCGGUAAUGGCGGCAGAAAGAAAAGAAACGAAGGCUGUUAUACUUGCGGUUCUCUCCAUCAUAUUGCUAAAGACUGUAGCAAAACUAGAAGAACUAGCAGCAAUGGUAAUAAAAAUAGAUGCUAUAAUUGUGGUUCAACUAGCCAUAAGGUCAGAGACUGCCAUCAAAAUAGAAGAAGCAGAUCCAGAGAUAGAAGAAGAAGAUCAAGAUCUCGUUCUGACUCUAGAAGCAGAAGACAAAGAAGCAGAUCUGACGACAGAAACAGAAGAAGAAGAGACUCUCGCUCUGACUCUAGAAAUAGAAGAAGAAGAAGAGAUAUGUCUAGAUCUAGAUCCGCUGGUGACAGAAGAAAGAGAAGUAGUGAUAGAGGUGAUAGAAGAAGACCUAGUCCUGAUAAUAGAAGAAGAAGAUCAAGCUCAAGAGGUCAAAGAAGAUCCGACAGCAGAAGCUAUAAUAACAGAAAUAAUAACAGAUCUAAUUCAGCUGGUUCUCAUAAAAAUGAUAGAUCAGGUAGCAAUCUCAACAAUGGAAACAAUCAACCUGCUAACAACAAUUCUUAUAACAAUGGUAAUAACAACAAUUCUCGUUCUCCCUCCAGACAAUCUAACUCAAAUUGA